CCAACAGAACCCAAAUCAGCGGACUUGGAAGUAGAGUGGCUUCGGGCAGCUUCAGAAGCGCCAGAAUCCCUCUUGGCCGUAGACUGCUCCAACCAUGAAAAUGACAACUUCUGCGCAAGCCAUGCAGGCGGUAGCUACCCUGCUAUUCGACUUUUCCAGGCUGCUAGCCCUGGAUCCAUAUAUCAGGGGCCAAAGUCGGCGAGAGCUAUUGUCAACUUCCUAGCUCGCCACAAGUGCCCCCUCGUCUCCGAGCUUACUACCGCAGAGGAAUACUCCGCACUGCUGACUGUCGACGAGACCGUAUUCAUCGCCUACGCACCAACUCCAGCGCAGCGCAGCCUCAUCCAGGACGCCGCGGUCCGUUACCGCGACGAGUUCACCUUUGGUCUCGUCGUCGACCCGGCCAUCAUCCCCGGAGAACCGACAGGGACCACCACGACCCCCUUCGUGCUCUGCCACCGAUCUGAUGACGCCGCCACGUCCCGCCUCCCGCUCGUCCAAGACUCUUCCUUCACCUCAACGUCUCCCGACGCCCUGACCGUCUUCAUCGAAGAAGCCAGCCGGCCCACCAUUGCUGAGCUCACCGCACGCAGCCACGCCCGCUCCAUCGCCCGCGGCGCGCCUAUAGUGUACAUCUUCGCGCGAACGCUCGCGGAGCGUGCUUCUCUGCGGACGAGUCUGCACCGGCUCGCGACCGGCUACCGCGACUUGCUGACCAUCGUGACGGUCGACCCGGCCGAGUUCCCAGAGCUGCCGGGCAGGCUGGGCCUCGGCGGGGCGGGCGAAGAAAUCGUCGAGGGCCGACCGGCAGGCGCUCUGCACCAGCUCUCCAAGGACAGGGUCUACCCGUACCCGCGCGGACGGCCCGUCGACCCGCGGUCCAUCCAACAGUGGGGUCUGGACGUGUUCCAGGGCCGCGUCAAGCCCUGGACGCCGCCGGGUGUCACCACCUCGUACGAUGACCUGGGUCCCACCAGGGUCGCGGCCGCCGCCACAAGGAAGAUCUCGAUUGCCAACAUACCGGGCCUCAACAUCAAGAUUGCUGGACAUAGACAGGACGAGCUUUGA